CGUACAUUACUUCAUUUAAUUCUCUCUACAGUCCUCUGACCUAAGUACUGCUGUCCUCCCUUUACACUUGAGAAAUUCGGGCUGCUUCCAGCUUUGCCAAGCUUGGUGGCCCCGGAUUUGGCUUCUGACACCCAAGAGAGAUCUCUUUCGCGCUCCUCGCGAUAUUCCCGGCACCUCGAAUCCCACGUGCCAGUGCACCGGACGGGCCCUGGCGACCCGCGGGGCGCGGGGCUCGGGCCCACGGCUGCGGCGCCGGUGCCCUGCGGAGCGAGCGUGGUUUCCGCGCUGACCUGCUCGGCCCGACGCCCUCAGCCCAGGGGCUUCGCGGCGGGCCGGGCUAUGGAGCGCCCCGAGCCCGCCGAGGUGAGCAUGAGCCAGGCCAUCCAGCCCGCGCACGCCAACCUGCGCGGCGAGCUGAGCGCGGGGCAGCUUCUCAAGUGGAUCGACGCCACCGCCUGCCUGGCUGCUGAAAAGCAUGCUGGGAUUUCCUGUGUUACAGCCUCAGUGGAUGACAUACAAUUUGAGGAGACAGCUAGAGUUGGACAAGUGAUAACCAUCAAAGCGAAAGUUACCAGAGCAUUCAGCACAAGCAUGGAGAUCAGCAUCAAGGUGAUAGUACAGGACAUGCUCACUGGUAUUGAGAAACUUGUUAGUGUGGCUUUCUCUACAUUUGUAGCCAAACCAGUUGGAAAAGAAAAGAUUCAUUUAAAACCAGUCACACUUCUGACUGAGCAAGAUCAUGUGGAACAUAAUCUGGCUUCAGAGAGAAGGAAAGUUCGAUUACAUCAUGAAGAUACCUUUAAAAACUUGAUGAAAGAAAAUAGCGAGUUUGAUGAUCCUAUUUGUGAUGAAGAAGAAGGAAUGGUUUCUACAGGUGGCACCGCUGUUCAGAGCAUUGAACUUGUCCUCCCACCCCAUGCAAACCAUCAUGGAAAUACAUUUGGUGGCCAAAUUAUGGCUUGGAUGGAGAGUCUGGCUACUAUUUCUGCAAGCCGCCUCUGUAGGGCACACCCCCUUCUAAAGUCCGUGGACAUGUUUAAGUUUCGGGGACCAUCUGCUGUUGGAGAUCGUCUUGUUUUCAAUGCCAUUGUCAACAAUACAUUUCAGACCUGUGUUGAAGUGGGAGUGCGCGUGGAAGCCUUUGACUGUCAGGAGUGGUCUAAGGGCCAAGGCCGUCACAUCAACAGUGCUUUUCUCAUUUAUAAUGCUGUCAAUGAUAAGGAAGAAAUGGUCACAUUUCCCAGAAUCAAACCCAUAUCAAAGGAUGAUUUUAGACGGUAUCGUGGAGCUAUUGCACGCAAGAGAAUUCGCCUAGGCAGAAAAUAUGUUACUUCCCACAAAGAAGAAGUGCCAGUUUGUGUACAAUGGGACAUAAGCAACCAGGUAUCCCUGAGUAAUGCCAAUGUGGAGGCUCUCAAAAAUCUGGCAGCCAAGAGUGGCUGGGAGGUUACCAGUGCUGUGGAAAAGAUAAAAAUAUAUACCCUGGAAGAGCAUGACCUUUUAUCUGUUUGGGUUGAAAAGCAUGUGGAAAGACCAGCACACUUGACUUACCAUCUCCUGUCUGACUUUACCAAAAGACCUUUGUGGGACCCUCAUUUCGUGUCCUGUGAAGUCAUAAACUGGGUGAGUGAAGGUGAUCAGAUAUAUUAUAUCACUUGUCCUAUAGUGAAUGGUGACAAACCCAAAGACUUGGUAGUACUUGUAUCACGAAGAAGGCCUCUCAAAGAUGGUAGCACUUACACGGUAGCAGUAAAAUCGGUUCUUCUGCCUUCAGUCCCCCCUUGUCCACACUACAUCAGAAGUGAAAUCAUAUGUGCUGGAUUUCUCAUCCGUGCUAUUGACAGCAGCUCCUGUACCGUAUCAUACUUCAACCAGAUUUCUGCUAGCAUCUCUCCUUACUUUGCUGGAAAUCUUGGUGGCUGGUCAAAAUCCAUAGAAGAGACAGCAGCCUCUUGUAUAAAAUUCAUAGAGAAUGCUACUGAUGAGCACUGAACUGUACCUACCCACCACUUCUCGUACCUGGCCUUCAGGGGAGAAGGAGGAAAGAGAAGAGAGAUACAAUGGAAGAAGAUACGUGUCCUCUGGAGUGUUCGAGAGCCACUGCACACAAGACUAGACCUUAAACCAUGAUUAGAUAGGCAAAGUGUUGUGAACUGUUGAACCUGUAGGCAAAAGUUGUGUCCAGAUGCAUUUUUUGAGGAGGAUGUCUGUAAUUCUUAUCAAAUAAAUGACCAAUAACCUCAAAAAAGGUUAGGACCCACUGCUCAUCUGUACAGGUCAGACAAGGGUGAGCAGUUACAAAAGGAAUGAAAUUAACUUUUGUUUUAGGGCCUUCUGACUGCCAGGCAGCCUCAUCCUAAUAAAAAUACCUGUCUGUCUACUUUAAGCAACAUUCCAGGAUUGUGAAUUACAACACAUAUGGUUUCUAAGAUUAGCUUAAUGGUCAAACACUGUUACUUAAUGGUCAAGCAUUGUAAAUAUGACAUGCUUAUAAUGUUAAGUGACUUAUCCAGAAAAAUGACCCUACAGGAUGUAAACGUGGCUGAAUUCUCACUUCUGUGUGAUCUGUUUUC